AUGAUCGGCGUCACGGUGGCGGCGCUACUCGCGACCUCGAGCUUCGUGCUCGGUAUGCUGUCGAUCGACUGGCGCGCAGACCACCUCGUGCUGUGGGAACAGUCUGUGUCGCGUGAGCAUGUGCUGACGGCGCUCCAAUACUAUGUGUAUACGAUCGGCGCCCGGCCGGCGCGGUACACGGCCGUGCUCCUCGUGAUCGGCACACUGCAAGUCUGCCUUCUCGGAUCCAAAAUCGUCAUGGGCUCAGAAAACAACUGGCUUUUUGACGGUGCGAGUCUUUUCCUCGUAUGCGCCUCGGGCGUCCUGUACAUGAACAAGAUCCAGCCUUACGUCCGCGCCCUUCCCUCCGUCAUGCCCCCCGAAGACAGCAUCACUACGGCCAAGUUCCAGGAACUGCUCAUCCUUCUUCGCGAACUCGCCAGCACCCAUAUCCUCUUGUCGAUCGCCCUGAUCGGCAUUAUCCUGCUCCAGUGCGGCAAGUAUUACAGCGUCCGAUUGCAAGAGCGCGAAAGAAACGAGGAAGUCGAUGUCCGUCUCGUGCGUCGCUUGCGCCAGCGCCAGCAGCAAGAGCGCGAGAGCGGCGCGCCCGGCCGCGAUAGCGAGGACGUGCUCACAGCUCGUGCCGGCGCGCAUUAA